UUUUGAAUGUUAUAUUGUUGCGACCAUCUUGAGUUAUUGUACAGAAAUUAGAAGGGGUAUUUUGUUGUGGUUGUUCUGGUUCUUUUGAACAUGUUUUGCCCAAAUUUCAUCAAUAAAAAAUAACAAGGUGAACAAUGAAGGCGGUUGUUGAAAAAUACACGCAACAAUGAAUACAAGGGUUACCUCUUCCAGGUGACGAUGAUGCAACUGGUUAGGACGUCGCAAUCUUAUAUCAAGUCAUAAUGCAAGAGGCUCAUGAUUUACAUAACCCUGAACCUAAAGUGGCAAAGAACGGAAGAUCUUUUCACAGACGUCGUGUUGACGCAGAUGCUAACAUGAUGCAGGACUAUUUCAACCCCGGAUGUAGGUAUGGGCCGAUGGAGUUCAAGGGACGGUUUUCCUCGAAGCGUAUUUCUGAAUGUACUGGAAAAAAAAUUGUGAGUUUGAUAAGGAUUUUCUUCAACGAACAGAUGCAGCUAACAUCUCUGGUCAUAGCCCAUACAUGGAAUUGCUAGCCGUGAUGAGGCACCUAGAUAAAGGUGUUCCGGCUGAUAUCCUAGAUGAUUACACGCAGAUGGGCGCAACCACUAUCUAUCACUAUGCUAAGAAGUUUAUGGACGCAGUUAUUUGGGUUUUUAACGACAGAUAUAUGCGUCGUCCUACAAUUGAAGACACCAGAAGGCUAUUAACAGAAAAUGAAGCUCGUGGGUUUCAUGGAAUGCUUGGAAGUGUUGACUGUGUUCACUGGGAGUGGAGAUGUUGUCCAACUGAUGCAGCAGGACAACACGUAGAUCAUCACAACAAACCAACUAAUGUGUUGCAGGCGGUUGCUUCCUAUGAUAGAUGGUUGUGGCAUUGUUAUUUUGGUCAGGGCGGCUCCAACAACGAUAAUAACAUUUUGGAACAGUCGGGAUUGUUUGAUAGAGAGUUGAAUGGUGUUGCACCUACUUGUGUUUAUCGCAUCAACGGUCGUGACUACGACCUAUGGGUACUACUUGGAUGAUGGCAUCUAUCCACCUUGGUCAACCUUUAUGGAGGAUUCUAGGGCCCAAAGGAGAAUCUUCCACCACAGGAAAAAUUAUUUAAUCAAUACCAGUCAUCAAAGAGGAAGGAUAUUGAGCGUGCAUUUGGUGGCCUUAAAUCGAAAUGGGAUGUGAUUAGGUACCCAUGACGUUACUGGAGUUAAGUUGAUGUAAAGACAAUGAUUAGAGCAUGUUAUAAUGCACAACAUGUGUGUGGAGUAUGAGUAUCGUGAUGAAGACUGGUCCGAGUACGAAGAAAACGAGCCAACACCA